CAAACGUUACAUGAUAGGGUAUUUAUUUAUGCCACGUGAUCAAAAUUGGACAAGAAACAAAUAUUUUUGUUGCUCAUCAAGCCCAGUGAUUAUGUGGCAUAUGUUCACGUUGACUUUGAAAAUAGAAAAUGGAAGCAGAUAAAGAUAAAUCAAUGCCACCAGUGUCUCAGCAACCAGGUGUGGUUGCUCAAGAUACAUCUUUUGUGCCAAUGCCAGUUGCAAUACCCAAUUGUCCUCCCGGUCUUGAAUAUCUUACUCAGAUAGAUCAAUUGAUUAUCAAACAAAAAAAGGAACUUUUUGAAAUUUUCACUGGCUGUGAAAUGAAAAACAAGUAUCUUGUUUAUAAUACUGUUGGUCAACAAAUAUAUUUUGUUCAAGAAGAGACUGACUUUUGUACACGCUUCUGUUGGGGUCCUUUACGUCCAUUUGAUAUUCAAGUUGUUGAUAACUAUCAACGUGAAGUAAUGCGCUUAGUUCGACCACUAAGAUGCCAAGGAUGUUGUUGUCCAUGUUGUUUACAAGAAAUGGAAAUCCAUGCUCCACCAGGGCAGGUCAUUGGUUAUGUCAAGGAAAGAUGGACUUGCUGUUAUCCAAAAUGGGAUUUGUUGAAUGCCAAUCAAGAACACAUUCUCACCAUUGGAGGACCAAUGUGCCAGAGUAAAUGUUGUGGUGAUGUUAUUUAUAAUGUAAUGUCAUGUGAUGAAACAAAUCAAGUUGGAAAGAUUACUAAACAGUGGAUGGGCUUGAUGGAACUCUUCACUGAUGCUGACAACUUUUCUGUUUCCUUUCCAAUGGACAUGGAUGUUGCUGCCAAAGCUGUUGUUUUUGGUGCUGCCUUCCUUAUUGAUUUCAUGUAUUUUGAAAAGAACAACAAUUGAUGAGCUGUGAUCUGAAAGAAGAUAAUAGUUGACUCAACUGUUGACUCUAUUUAUCUAACACUAAUUUCCAAUCCAAUUUACGCAUUCAUAACAUUUCAUUAUUUAUGAACUCCAUAGUUGAAAACUAUAGUAAAAAUCGUUGUUAAAAACACUUAUUCAAAUACAUUGUUUCGUAGUCUAUGUAUCCCAUAUUCAAAAACUAAGAUAAAAAUCCAAACAAAAAUAAUACAAGUUAUUUUUUGUGUA